UACAGUGAAGGCAUGAAGGUUCUCUUAGUAACUCUGGUUUAUACUCCAUUCAUCACUGCUCUAAUAAGGGUUCCAGUAGUCCAGUUCAAUUCUAUCCGACAUGUACUUCGAAAAAGAGGAGAACUGGGGCAGUUUUGGAGGGAUAAUUUGCCUGAACGUUUUGCUCAGAAGUACCAUCGUUGCUUUCCAUCUGAGAUUCUUUUGUCCAUGGGAACUGCAAAGGAAAAGCUUCAUGAUUACAUGAAUGCCCAAUACUAUGGAGAAGUGAGCAUUGGCACCCCCCCUCAGAAAUUCACUGUGAUAUUUGACACUGGAUCUGCUGAUUUUUGGGUACCAUCAGCGUAUUGCAUCAGUGAUGCUUGUGGAAUACAUCAAAAAUUCAAAUCAUUUUUGUCACAUUCCUAUAAACAUGGAGGGCGGCACUUUUCUCUGCGAUAUGGCACUGGGCAUCUCAUGGGCAUUUCUUCCAAAGACAUAGUCCAGAUUAGCAACAUUUCCAUUGAGGCCCAAGACUUUGGUGAAUCUGUCUAUGAGCCGGGCGCCACUUUUAUCUCCGCAAGUUUCGAUGGGGUGUUGGGCUUGGCCUAUCCUAAUUUGUCAGUGGUGGAGGCUCUUCCAGUCUUUGACAAUAUAAUGAAGCAGCAUUUGGUUGAAGAACCUGUGUUUUCCUUCUUUCUGAACAGAGAUGGCAUUGAGGAUGGGGGUGAACUGAUAUUUGGAGGUGUAGACCAUUCUCUCUACAAUGGACCCAUUCACUGGGUUCCUGUCACUCAGAAAAUGUACUGGCAAAUUCAUAUUGACAAUGUGAAAAUCCAGGGACAGAUCACAGCUUGUAAAAAUGGCUGUGAAGCUAUCGUAGAUUCAGGAACCUCUCUUAUUACUGGUCCAUUCCAUGAUAUAAAAAAACUACAAGCAAAAAUUGGAGCUGUCCCCAAUUCUCCUGGAGAGUUUCUUGUGGACUGCAGAAGACUUUCCAGUCUGCCCUCAAUAAGCUUUACCAUUGGGCAGAAAGAAUUCAGAUUAACAGCACAGCAAUAUAUAAUUAAGGAAAAAAGCAGAGAAGAGGCCUUGUGUCUCAGUGGUUUCCAACCGUUGGAUCUCAUGUCUAAUGAAGCACCAAUGUGGAUUCUAGGAGAUAUAUUUAUGUCAGCUUUUUACUGUGUUUUUGAUCGUGGGAAUGAUAGAGUUGGCUUUGCAAAGUCAGCUCCUAAAGGAAAGAAAAUAAAUCAACAGCAAUAGUAAAGCAGCACUGGCAGAGUUAAUAUUGAUCAUUUUAUCUUUCACACAAUGAACAAGAAUUGCUUCUGAUGCGUGCAGAGAGAAUGGGGAGCAGAAAGUGUAAGAAGAUUUAACUAUCUGGAGACAACUUUCACAGGUGGACUCUGAUCUUGAUGUAUUUAUGCUAGAGGUAUAGUGGUUUUUUCCAAUCUGCUGACUGUCAGAUGUGUCAGGGCUAACAGGAUACCUGACUGGAGAUCUAUUUAUGAUUGAAACCUCAAAACCUGUUAAGGAGCCAUGCCAGAAAUAGCUGAAGAAAGUUUUAAUUAGCUUAGCUAAUUUACAUUUACUUGGAUCACAAUGUAUGUCCAUUUUUGUGUGCAAAGGACAGUAGCCAGUCCUAUAUAUACUUAGCUGGGAAUAGACAUCACUGAAGUAAACUAAACUUCUUUUGUUCUGAGGUGACAUGUAAUUCUGUUGACUAGAUUAUUACUACCAAACUGGUAAGUGAAAAGUUAUUUGUCUGGAAUAACUAUGUUUCUUGUAUUACAGUUGGCAGAAAGGACAAUUGUCUGGCAGGCUUGAUCUGGCCAAUGGCAUUUCCUGACCUGUUUUGCUAGAUUCUUUUCCAUUUCCCAGCUCAUUGCUGACAGAGGGCAGCUCUUCAGCAGAGGGAAGGGCCUUUUCUUCAAUGUAGACUCAGGCAUUGGUACACUGUAAUUAGCUGGAUGUGCGGCUGGAUAAGAUUCCCUUCCCCUGCCAUGAAGAUAGGCAGGAUAUUUAAGACUACUAUCCAAUGCAUACUUACAUGUGAGUUUGUUUCAUUAAAAUCAGAGAGACUUGUUCUUGGUAAAAUUAAAAGACUAUGCUAGUUAAGGCGGCUUAAAAGUAGAAUUGCAAAUGUAGAAUUGCCAAAACCUAUAUAAGAUUUACUCCUCAUAACGCUACUAAGACCCCAAAUCAGCCACUUUCAAAUACCAUCUCUCCAUACGAAUACUGCACUUCUCACCAACAUUAUUUUUCAUAGGCCAAAUAUGUUCAGAGCUAUCAUUUCUCCUUAAUCCUCCUUUUGUUCAAUCUGUUUGGAGUUUCAGAUGUACAAAUAAA